AUUCGUAUUAACUCGAUGAUACUCCUUCAUACAAACAGCUUCUGAAUCCACCAUAGAAAGUACAGUGCAUAAAUUACUGCAAACUACACCGCGCACGGAUGGACUGGAGUUCCUCUAAGGUCAGUGUUUGUAAACAAUUGACUGCGGCCUGAAAUCAAUAACGAAGUAAUGUCCGGAGGAACUGAGAGGAAUAUUUCGGAAGAAGUAGUUUUCGAGGCAGUGGUUUUUUGUGGCGGACCGACUCCAGGAGAGGAGGUUCCCAACAUAACUAACGGCUUCGUCGAAGAGCUAGACCUCUAUCAUCCGCCUACGCCUGAGCAUGAUGUCGAAUCAAUGGACUUUGAUAACGACGAAGAUCAAGAUCCUGACUACACACCACCGCAAAAUACGCAUGAAAGUGACGAGGAGUUCGAUGAAUUCAAAGCUACCAAAUCCAGACAAUGGCAAAGGCGACGUUUCACCUUCAACAAAAAGAAAAGUGGCGUCAAUUCCACGCUUGCCAGUAAGUUGACCUCGAACAAACCUUACGAUUUCUUCCAAUCACUACUCGAUGAUAAAUUCAUUCAGAGAAUGGUAGAUGCCACCAAUGAAUAUGCUUGCAUGUGCAAAGAGAAUAAUCAGGUAGUGAACAGCUGGAUUCAACCCUGGCGAGAUACGUCUGUUGAUGAAAUGAAAAAGUUCAUUGGAAUCAUUAUUUGGAUGGGUCUGGUGAGGUAUCCGACAUUGAAUUCAUAUUGGUGUCGCAGUCACUUGUAUACGAACUCGAUAAUAAAUGCGAUCUCCAGGAGCCAGUUCCAGCUGUUGUCGCACAUGUGGAGGCUCGGUCCGGACGAUGAUCGAUCUGCGGAUAUGGUUCCUUCGCUUCUUAGUGAUCUAAGGAAAAAAUUCAAGCAAAUGCUCAACGCGCCGGAAGUAUUUGCAAUUGAAAAAGUAUUCAUCCCGUCCGAGUCGGAGUCAGAAGGCAUGAACAUCCUUUUCUCCAUCGUAAAGGGUGGGUACAUUCACAAUUUCGAAGUGUAUAAUGGUAAACGAUUGAGGAAUAUAAAUGUCGAUGAUGCAAUGAAUCUUAUCGAUGGUUUGCUGGACAAAGGGCGAACGUUGUGCACCAAUGAAGACAUCACUUCUAUGAAGUUAGCCAAGGCUGUGCUGGGACGAAAAACGAACCUAGUUGGACUUUUGAAUCCAAAUAGUAAACACAUCCCACCUGAACUGAGGCAGAAGAGAAUUUUCGGUGAACAGACGGAAACUUUCAAAACAGAUUCAGGCAUCCUGAUACGUAAAUAUAACCCUUUCACCGAACAAUAUCUGUUGACCACACGCACAUGCGGUUCCCUCGCUGAAUACUACAAACAACGAACAGGAACGACAAUUCCUCACGAGCUCAAAAUCAACAACUUGGUCCUGAUGAAUAGCAUGAACUGGUACCAAAAAUUCGCUGUUGAAAUGGUCAUCAACACCUGUCUAGUCAACGCCUGCUACCUGUAUCGAAAAAUCUGUACCAAGAAGAUCUCAUCAAUUCGCUUCAUGGAGGAUGUGAUCAUCGGUUUAUUGGACUUGCCGGUAAACAUGAAGCCAAGCUCACUGACACUUGGCAAGCUUGGAAUCGAUGAAGGACUCUUCGCGGCUGAGCACGUACUCACCAGGUUGGAGAAGCCAAGACGAUGCGCUGCAUGUUAUGAACGUAAUUGUCGCGAGGCAGGACGAAAAAUAGCAAUGAAUCGAUCGCCGAAAGCACCGCAUGAAUGUUGCGUAUGUAAGAAGCCAUUCUGCCUGGAAUGUUUCUUUAAGUUUCACACCGGCAGAUUGAGGAAGGAUUAGGGCUGUUUUGGGUGCAAUGCAACCUUAUUAUAUUAAUUUAUUUAAAUGAUUUUUUAUACGAAAAUCCCUUGAAUUUCUGUGUUAGUCAUUUGAUCGGAAGGGCAUAUUUUGAAGCUGAGCUGAAAUGAAAUCUUCGUGCUAAUCAGGAUUUUUGUUUUGCCAAAAAUAGUUUCAAGGUUUUACCUUUGAUCCAACUUUACUUUACAACCAAAUAUUUUGAAAUUUUCCCUUUUUUUCGCUUUUUUUCCUUUUAUUCAACCACAAAAGAAGGAAUGAUUUCUUGAUUGAUUUUCCUUGCCAAUACCAAGGAUGUUGAAUGGGUCGAAUGCUCUUUAGUUUAGUUAGACUCGUAUUUAAUUUAACCAUAUUUAAACCAGUUUAUAAUUAUUUUCUGAGUGACGCGUGAAUUAGACGAGGUUUAAGGACAGAAAUUGAAUCUGAUUUGAUUGGAAUAUUUCAAGGUUCUGUUUGUAUUGACCUGGGUUUCUGUUGACGUGAAUUGCUGGAUUCAAAAGGACUUUUUCCAUGUCAAACAGAAAACCUUUUAGGAGUGAUUUGAAGUGAAGUGUGUGAAUAUCUUAGUUUAGAUAUCAUAUUUAUUUAUUGCAUGAUUCUUUCCCCAGUGAAUUUGUUUUAGAAUCGACUGAACUCCAUUGUAUAAGAGUUAGGCAGUAUUUGGGGGCUCUCUAUUGAAACGGCCUCUAAAGUGUGACUGAAUAAUGGAAUAAUGUACGCCUUACAUUUAUAUAUUUGCCAAUGUGAACUGAAUUGUUAAAAAUGUAAUCAAAGAUAGAAUUGAGUAUUUGAUUUAAUAUAUUUUCA